UACCGCACCCCCUAACCUUUUUUUUUUUUCCUGGGACUUUGAGUCCACAGUAUCUGCACACCUGCUAGUUGGAAUAUACGAGGGAAAAGAUAAUUAGAGAAAUAAAAGCUCAACGAGGGUUGUUGCAAGAAAAACAAAGCAAAAAGACAUAACAAGAUAGGAGUGAAGAGGGCAGGGGUUGUUAAGAAGAGUAACAGUUGCUGGCUAAGUGGUGUGACAGCUAGCUGACGUCGGCUAGCUUCAUGGUAUCGGUGAGGUGAUGGCUGUGGCUUUAACAUCGUCCUAUGUGCCGUUAAGUUGUAGCUUAACGUAGCCGAGUUUCCAAAUCGCGGGCGUUCAACAUAGUCAUCAUAAUGCUAGCUAGCUCGCUAGCCCGGUUAGCCGCUGUCAACUUUGCGUCCAUUCUGCAUAGAAUCGCCAACUAGCUAGAGCUAACGUCAUCGUCAUGUUAGCCAACUAAGCUAACAGGUUAGCUGUCAGUCUUGUUUUAACGAAGUUGUCUUGUGGUCGUUGGUGAUGUACUAAAGCUGGGCCUCAUAAAAGUUAAUUCUGUGACUAGUCCGGGGUAACAUCUGGAAUUUAGCGUUUUGUCGUUAUCGAGAUUGAAACAUUUUUGCGUUACUCUCCCUCCGACUAGUUAGCUACCUAAGCUACUCCUACUUAACUUCGCUAACAUAAGCAGCCCGUCAGUGCAUGAAAGUCAUUCAUUGCUAACCAGCUAGUGUCCAUAUUUCUUGUAAAUGUCUAUGCCUGUUUCAACCUAACUACCUGACGCCAACAUCAAAUAUUAGUUUAUCGGUUCCCAUAUAACAGCGCGACGACUCGCCGUUCAAUUCCUUGUUUUAGAGUAGUCGAGCUGGAAAGGCUGUUCAGCUUUGGUAAUAUUGCAAAACUCAUAUUUGGUGAAUUGCCAAUUAUAGUCAGGAGGAGCACCUGUUAAUUUCAGUUUGGGGAUAUUUCAUGCAUAAACAUGCCUCCUAAAAAGAGACCAGUACCAUUAAACAUUGCUCCAACUGGCGAUGGAUUGUCUGCCUCUACCAACAUAGAUGUUGCAUCAGAGGCUAAUUUAGAAGCACUUCAGAAAAAACUGGAAGAGUUAGAUCUAGAUGAGCAGCAGAAGAAACGGAUAGAGGCUUUCCUUACCCAGAAGGCCAAGGUUGGCGAGUUGAAAGAUGAUGACUUCCAUCGCAUCUGUGAAUUGGGAGCCGGCAAUGGAGGGGUGGUCAACAAGGUGUGCCACAAACCCUCAGGCUUAAUCAUGGCCAGAAAGCUGAUUCAUUUAGAAAUCAAACCUGCUAUUAGAAACCAGAUCAUCAGAGAGCUGCAGGUGCUGCAUGAGUGUAACUCUCCCUACAUUGUGGGCUUUUACGGCGCAUUCUACAGUGACGGGGAGAUCAGCAUAUGCAUGGAGCACAUGGAUGGUGGCUCUCUGGACCAGGUGCUGAAGGAAGCCAGGAGGAUCCCAGAAGAGAUCCUAGGCAAAGUCAGCAUUGCAGUUCUCAGAGGUCUUGCUUACUUAAGGGAAAAGCAUCAGAUUAUGCACCGAGAUGUGAAACCUUCAAACAUACUGGUGAACUCACGUGGAGAGAUCAAGUUGUGCGACUUUGGUGUAAGCGGCCAGCUCAUAGACUCUAUGGCCAAUUCCUUUGUGGGAACAAGAUCUUAUAUGUCGCCGGAGAGAUUACAGGGCACUCACUAUUCUGUGCAGUCUGACGUCUGGAGCAUGGGGUUGUCCCUUGUGGAGUUGUCUAUUGGUCGUUACCCAAUCCCUCCUCCAGACGCAAAGGAACUAGAGGCCAUAUUUGGGCGACCCAUUGUGGACGCUGGAGGGGACACACACAGCACCUCACCUAGACCCAGACCACCAGGCAGACCUGUCAGCAGUGAGAAAUUCGCACCAAUGAGUCAUGGCCCUGUAAUGGCCAUCUUUGAGCUGCUGGACUACAUAGUAAAUGAGCCUCCCCCUAAACUACCACAUGGAGUAUUCACUUCUGACUUCCAGGAUUUUGUGACUAAAUGUCUCAUCAAAAACCCAGCAGACAGGGCCGACCUUAAGAUGCUAAUGAACCAUACAUUUAUCAAGCGCUCUGAGGUGGAGGAGGUAGACUUUGCUGGCUGGCUUUGUAAAACCAUGGGGCUAAACCAGCCUAGUACUCCCACACGCACUGCAGAAUAAACACAGUAUACACUUCUACAGUACGUACAUAUAAAAACAGACAAACUGCUGCUUGAACCCAUGCACACACCAGCCAUCGGCCUCUUAACUCCCUCAGGUGAACCUUUUAAGGCUCCGUGUAUCAAAUCAACCUCACUGACAUGUAAGCUGGUGGCUCAUCCAACCAUAUCUAGAGAAUGAAAAUAAUCUACAAUCAAAUUCCACCUACUUUUGACUUCUGUCAGUUGGGAAAGUACCUUGUAAAAUCGGUUGUGCCACAUAUCCUCUGAAUGUUUACUAGCAACACAGGGGGCUGCUGGUCAUCAUGAAGUCAUACUUGGCUCUGGCUGUGACAUUUAUUUAGGGUUUAAAAUAUCUGACCGAUUUCACUCUUUGCCCGGUUGUAAUUGCUAGUUUCGGGGAGGCUGGGUUGAUGGUUUUUUUUUGUUUGUUUUUUGUCAUAGAAGUCACAACCUUGCUGAGUUUUCAGCACUCGCUCAGCCAUUGUAUGUCGCAUGGCUCUUCAGUGCCAUGAAGCUUACUCUUGCCCUCUACUAACAGGCGGUCCUAAAUGCCGCCUCUGAAUACUUCAGCAAAACUGGAGCGAAAUUUCAUUAAAAUAUCGUGAGCAUACACAGCAGCUGCACUCCAUGCUUGUCUUUUAUAAGCUUUCAUCUCUAAUUUGCUUUUCCCAUAAUUGUCUGAAUUGCUGUUUAAAAGGUUCACAGCAGGUGUAUGUCUAAAAGAGUUACUGCAGUCAUGUUUAGAUGUUUGUAUUCGAGUAUGAAUUGGCACAUAUAUGAAUUUGUUUUCAUGGCUGUUAUCCAUAUUCAGAUAUGCAAGAAUGCAUUUUGUGUUUCCUUGGGCAGUUUUUUUUUUUUUUAAACAGGAGCAGAUUGAGCAAAUCAGUGUAGUAUUGAAAAUGCAUCCGUUUUCUUUUAACCACAGCUACAGUCCGAGUAGCAACGUGUUUCAUGAUCGUUUUGUUUUUCCUUUGGAAUUUUGGCUUGUCUGUUUUCUCUUCUUUAUGUGCCUCGAGGCGGAGCACAACGUUGCAUUCAUUUUAGCAUGAACCUCAUGUCUAAGCAAAAAAACAAAAAAAAUAAAUAAUCAAAAACUGUUAUGAUCCAGAACACACCCUCUGCUCCUGACUAGUUUUCUGGUUGUUUUUUGGUAACUUCAAUCUGCAUCCUCCGCUUCCGCCGGUAACCCCAAAUCCUCUCCAGAGGAGCGGAGGCGCACUUGUUGGCGAUUAUUGCGACGCAGCCAGUACCUGAAACGGAAAGGUUAAUUUGAUCUUGGUGCGCUGCAUGGGGGGGGGGGAUACGCAGCAGUAGAAGUUGGACACAAAUGGAAAUUCCCAAGAUAUCAAUGAUAGGACAAGAGAUUUGCCGUGAAAGCAUCCUGUGUCCUGGUGGGCCUUUGGCUCUUUUGUUUUGUUCUCUUUUGUGUAUUUCCUUUUCUCAACAGUUUAAAGAUAGAAAAAAAAAGUUUUAUGGCAAAAAUCAUCAUAAGCUUAGUCUUUAUAAUGUUAUAAAUGUCAAUAAAAUGUAUGAAUUGUCAC